GGUCAAUGUCCGAAUGCAUUAAUCGUCUUGUGGUGUUUCAAUGUCAAGAUCUAGCAAGGCAGCUGGCUGAUGUUUUUCCUCAGGAUAUCAAGAGAGGACACAUUUUUGAAAACAUUAAGCUUGUGCAGCUACAGUCAUGUGCAAAAUGAGUGAAUCUCCAGAACUCCAACUUCAAAGCUUUAGUGCCGGCGGAGUUAGUGGUGAGGGUGAUGAGAUCAAAGUCGACGAAACCAAUGCGGAAACAAGAAAUAAAUCAGUACAAGAGAGAGAUGGAGAUGGAGAUGGAGAUGGAGGAUCCUUUUGCCCUUUCUUCCGACGAGUGCCCUUGAAUGAGGCAGUUGAAGAGCUAUUCGCACUAGGGAAGGUAGCAUGUCCCGUGGCACUCACAACAUUGCUCUACUUCUCCAAAACCAUAAUCUCCAUGCUUUUCUUGGGGCACAUGGACAAGGCUGAACUUGCUGGGGGCUCACUAGCCGUCGGUUUUGCCAACGUUACUGGUUUCUCAGUCAUGAAAGGUCUCUGCACGGGCAUGGAUCCCAUUUGCUGCCAAGCCUUCGGCGCCAGGCGCUGGCCAGUUCUCAGCCAAACAUACAUAAAAACUGUCAUCCUACUCCUCGUCGCCACCAUCCCCAUGGCUUUGCUCUGGCUCAACGUCGAGCCCGUAUUCCAUCGUUUAGGCCAGGAUCGGGUGAUCAGCAAAAUUGCCAAAAGUUACCUAGUCAUCUCACUUCCCGAAUUGCUAACUCAUGCUAAUCUAAUUCCUCUCCGCACAUUUUUAAGAACUCAGGGCUUAAACUCACCCAACACCAUCAUUGCCACUUGUGUUUCCGCUCUUCAUUUGCCUAUAACUUAUUUUCUUGUUACAUAUUUGAACUUAAGAGUUAAGGGCAUUGCGUUGUCCUCGGUCAUUUACUCUCUCAACAUGAAUAUUGGCCUAUGGAUUUAUCUGAUUUUCUCAAAAGCCGCCAUAAAGCCAUGGGUUGGCGCCACUCUUGGCUCGAUUAUCCACGGAUGGAAGCCGUUAUUGGGACUGGCUUUACCCAGCGUGUGUCAGGUAUGUCUGGAAUGGUGGUGGUAUGAAAUCAUUCUCUUCCUCAGCGGCUUGCUUCCCAACCCGGAGUCAUGUGUGGCGGCUAUGGGAAUAUUAAUCCAAACAACCGGCACCGUUUACGUUUUCCCAUUUUCUCUGGGGCUCAGCAUUUCUCAGCGCGUUGGCCACGAGCUUGGGGCCGCACAUCCUGCUCGAGCGCAGCUUGCAGCAAUGAUUGGAAUCCUAAUCGCCGUCGGUUACGGCGUCUCGGUUUUCGGGUUGAGCGUGGUACUGAGAUCAUUAUGGGGAAAACUAUAUACAACCGAACCUCAGGUGUUGGCUUUAAUAUCAUCAGUGCUUCCAAUUCUGGGGUUGGCUGAAAUAGGAAACGCUCCUCAGACGGCGGCAUGCGGGGGGUUGACAGGUUCGGCGCGGCCGAAAGUGGGGGUGAGGAUAAACAUAGCGGCGUUUUACCUGGUGGGGUUGCCGUGCUCAGCGGUAUUUGCGUUCAAGCUGAAGCAAGGGUUUCAGGGGCUGUGGAUGGGAUUGGUGGCGGCUCAAGCAGCAUGUAUGAGUAUGAUGCUGUACACAUUGGCUAGGACUGAUUGGAAGCAUGAGGCUAAGAGGGCUGAAGAGCUAACAACGGCUGUGGGGGAAAAGGAUGAUUCCGCAGGAACUAACCUGGUUGCUUGAUUCUUGAUACUGAUACUAAUUAUUAAUUUCUGGGACACACCCAUUUGAUGAUUUGAGUGUAAAUGGCUUUUAGUUUUUGGUGAGCAUUAAUUAAUUAUUGUUUGUUUUGAUUUGAUUUGUUUUGUUUGUAACAGGUACAUAUAGGUGUAUGCAAAUGAAUAAAUUAAUUAGGCAAA